CUCCCACCAGAGGACAACAACAAGCGCGUUCAACAUGAGGGAGUAGAUGGACAACGCUGCGGCGGCUGCCUAUGCAACAAAUCCUCAACUUCCUCCGUCUCUGGUCGUUUUCUCCCAAGGGGGAGACACCCUCAGCGAUGUGCUGACUAUGCAAAGGACCUUCAAUCCUCAGUUGUUUAAUCUGUGUCAGAUUCCAAAGGAUUUGCAUUUGCCUGGUCGAUUUGGCUACCCCGGUCAUUUGCUGCAGCAUCUCCAGCCGCAUCAGUUUCUGCACCCAGCACUUGACCCUCGAUUGACUUUUGGCACGCACGGCGCGUUUCGACCACUAUCAGCUUUCGCCCCUCCUCAGGCCAAAAGUCUCAAAACAGGGCCGGACAUCAGGGCAGGUUGCAGCAAGAGUCUUUACAACCUAGAGGUCGGCCACGAGGCCAGUUCACCUGACCUCAGCACCUCUCCUUUGAAUCAUCAAGAGGACGAAAGCAUGAGUGGCACCGAAGAGGCGGCCAAUUGCCGCGCCGAGACUCCCGGCUCCGAGCGAUCAACCCCGGAGGAAGGACGCGGCUUUCGACGUCGAAAGCAGCACAGACCCGACCCAGCAUGCUGCCCCAUUUGCGGGGUCACCAUCCGAGGAGGCGAGUUCGAGGCGCACUACUUGCAAGAGGUGGAGCGGCUGAUGAAGUUGUCCAACGGGGCCAAGGGUGCCGGACCUUCAAACACUCAAAGCCCGGACUUUGGACCUGGCAGCUCGGAAACCGCCGUCACUGGAGGAACCACAGCCGAGUCGAGAUGGGAGACGUACCAGCGGGUGAAAAACAACAGGCAGAACCGACUGCGGAGCAAACACCGCAGUGCCAAGCAGCACCACCGCCGCAGCGACGAGGUCGUGUGUCCUGUCUGCAACGAGGCCAUCCACACCCUGCCCGGAAGCCCCACAGUCGAGCAACUCAACGCCCACGUCGAACAUUGCUUGCUGCAGAAGGUAAAAUCGCGACAAGCAGCUAACAAUGAAGUGGAUGCCGACAUUGACGUCGAAGGUGAUGAGGACAACGGUGGCGAAACCUACGAAGAAUAUGAGUGGGCAGGUCAAAAACGAGUGCGAGUUUCGUCGUUACUCCCAGGAGGCUAUGCUGGCGUUGGUAUGCAAGCUGGCCAGUCUGCAGAGGAUGAGGAGGGAGACUUGGUGGUUGAUGGCGAUGACACUGUGAUUUACGGACCACCUCAGUUCAGCGACAGUGACGUCAGGAUAGCUGCUGAUGGGAAUAGGGAGAGCAGUCCUGGAAACAAUGUUGAAGUCAAACCGGAACCCUCGGAAGGCUUGGAAGACAACAAGGAUGCUCUCAGCAACCCCCAAAUCGAAGCGCUAAAGAUGAAAAUCAAGAUGCUCGAGUCUGCCACCGAGGAAAGCAAACUGAAAUGUCUCAUCUGCAUGGAUCGUUAUCGCAAACCUGUGAUCUCUAUAAAUUGCUGGCACGUACACUGUGAGGACUGCUGGCUUCAAACUUUGGGAGCUAAAAAACUGUGUCCGCAGUGCAACUUAAUCACAUCUCCAUCCGACCUGCGCCGCAUUUAUUUGUGAUCGUGACGCUCGUAGUAACUGAAAAGUGAAUCUCAUUAGUUUGUUGCCGGUUUUUGUUUCUCAACAGAACAUUAUUCCGCCGAGUCGAAGCGUAUUCGGUGGGAGUGAAAGAGUUUUAGCAGCUGUGCAUCAAAAAAAGUGAAUCGAAGCGGACGAAUGAUUCCAAAAAUAUUAAUUCAAAGUUCCGUGUUACCUUUUAACGUAGAGACAAAAUAUUUAGUUAAUACAGUAUGUAUGUGUAAUUUCCAUGUAUUAUAAACAAAUGCACACUGAAACGUUGUUAAUUGAUGUUAAAUUUAGAAAGAAAAAAAAACACUGGAAACUGUUGGUGAAUUGUAUAGACCAAUAUUACUUAUGCCAUUUCUUAAUUGUCAUCAUCUAUAAAUAAAGACUAAUGCUAUUAA